UUGCAGUUUUGUAGGUCACAGAUGCUAGCGUACUCUGUCGAUAGGUGUGUUAUCUACAAUCACGACCGAUUGUGACAAAUGGAUGUAAAGCUGUUAUGGCAGUUAAGUGUACAUUUUUAAGACUCGAAGUGUGAAGUUAAGAGAUUAAAGGAAAUGAGUACGUCCUCGUUAAUCUUGCAUAGAAGUUUGUUUUGUAUACAGUUUAACAUUUGCUACUAUUUUUAAAGAAUUGUAACUUUGUGUAUAUUUUUACGUUGCAUUUAUUGUUAUGCAGUGUGGAGGUGUUUAAACCAACUGUGUUCCUAAACUUGAAAUCAACGUGCGGUUGCAGCGAUUCUCAAAUAACAAUCAGGAGUCUGCGAUUGAAUUUUUAAAAUAGUGCAAGUUCGAUUAACUGGCAUUUCUGUGACUUGUGAAAGGUAACCACAAUGGAGGAUAUUUUUCAUUGGUGUAGAGAAGGUAAUGCAAUGCAAGUGAGAGUGUGGCUGGAUGAUACCGAACAUGACAUGAAUCAGGGAGAUGACCAUGGAUUCAGCCCACUGCAUUGGUCAUCCAAGGAAGGACAUAUAAAAAUUGUAGACCUGUUAAUGGCUCGUGGGGCUCGAAUCAAUGCUACCAACCGUGGGGAUGAUACACCAUUGCAUCUUGCUGCAGCACAUGGUCAUCAAGACAUUGUGCACAUGCUCCUUCGCAACCGAGCUGAUGUGAACUUCACUAAUGAACACGGAAACACACCUCUUCAUUAUGCUUGCUUCUGGGGAUAUCAAGCAGUAGCAGAAGAUUUAGUGACUCAUGGUGCACUUGUCUCUCUUGCCAACAAAGAUGGUGACACACCAUUAGAUAAGGCACGUGGCGUUCUUGCCAAACGGCUGCAUGAACUUGCUUUGGAGACGGGGCAGGAUUUGAAGAAGAUAACCUUCAAAGAUCAGAGUUGGCUGGGAUUAAAGACUAGAAGUCGUGAUGCAACACUUUCUCGCCACAAAGGCAUAAACAUCGCAGACUUGCAUCUUCAUACAAAGAUAGCAACCUCUCCAUCUGGAGAGUCAUGGCGUGGUCGUUGGCAGAAGAAUGAUAUUGUGGCAAAGAUAUUGGCAGUGCGGGAUUGCACAUCACGUGUUUCUCGAGAUUUCAAUGAGGAAUUUCCAAAGCUCAGGAUUUUCUCACAUCCAAAUGUCUUGCCAGUGGUAGGCUGCUGCAACUCGCCACCAAAUCUAGUUGUUAUCAACCAGUAUAUGGCAUGGGGGUCUCUGUAUACGUUGUUACAUGAAGGGACUGGAGUAGUUGUCGAUACUGCACAGGCUUUGCGUUUCGCUCUGGAUGUUGCUCGUGGCAUGGCUUUUCUACAUAGCCUAGAACGUAUUAUCCCUCAGUAUCAUCUGAACAGCCGGCACGUCAUGAUUGAUGAAGAUUUGACAGCUAGAAUUAAUAUGGCAGAUGCAAAAUUUUCAUUUCAAGAGAAGGGUCGAGUAUAUUAUCCAGCAUGGAUGUCUCCAGAAGCCCUACAAAAGAAACCUAGUGACCGCAAUUGGGAAGCGUGUGACAUGUGGAGUUUUGCUGUAUUACUGUGGGAGCUUGCAACAAGAGAAGUGCCUUUUGCUGAUCUGUCACCAAUGGAGGUUGGUAUGAAGAUUGCCCUGGAAGGUUUGCGAAUAACCAUCCCUCCUGGAAUCUCAACACAUCUUGCCAAGCUGAUUCGAAUUUGUAUGAAUGAAGAUUCUGGCAAAAGACCAACUUUUGAUAUGGUUUUGCCUAUUCUUGACAAGAUGAAGCGGUGAAUGAAAUCUCACCCAGCUGUAUGCAUUUAUCCUAGCACAAUUAUGCUGGAUUUCAUCUAGUAAUCUCCAUUAUCUCAUUCACUUCCAAAAUGCUGAUAUUACCUUCCAUCAGGUUAUAAGUAAUUAUGUAACUUAUUCAGUGUUUAAUGCCAUAUGUUGUAAUGCCAAGUGUUCAAUGAUUUCUUUCCUUAGAAUGGAAGUGCCUUUUUUUUUUUCAGUAAUAUACUAAACCUGGUAAUGUCCAAUAUAGUCUUAUACAAAGAGAUGAAUACAAUUUUUGAUUGUCAUUUGUGUGCUAAUACAUCUAAUGAAAUGACGUAUAUUUUUUUAGGAAUAUACUUUUUACACAACAGUGAUAAUAGUACCAUACAAGAUAUGAGUUUUUAUUUCAUACAGUAUGUGUGUUGUCCUGUCAAACAUUAUGCCUAAUUACAUAUGUUAUACAGCUUAUAUAAUGUUCAGCCAAGUACAAUUUUACAUGACAGUUUAGCACUGUAACUAUGAUAUACCUAAGCUGCCUUUAAUACUGAAAUAAUUGCCUAAGAGAUUCCUAUUGAAAGUGUCUUAAAAUUUGUUGCAACCUGCUUCUAGAACUGAAAGAUGGCUUCAUGACUAACAGUUGGCAAAGAAGAUUGUCAUGUUACAUUCUAAUGUUGGAAGUUAAUUUUUUUAUCACUGUUAGAAUUUUCUAACAUCACUGUUAUAAUAUGAUUCACAAAAUGGACAUAGAACUUGCUGACAGUCAGCAUGGACAAAAAAUAGUGAUUUGGUGUUUACAUUAUAACUGUAUAUAUAUGUAUUGUAAACGAGUAACCUAUGCUUGUAACUACAUCUAGUCUCCAUGGGGUAAAGGUGUUGAACACUAAACACAGGGAAACUUUGUGUAGGAUGAUUUUAAUAAUGAGUGGAUUUGGUUGGGUUCAUAAAAGGUGAAAACUAAUUGAGAAACAUUAACUCUUCCCACACCACAUGACGAUUAGAUUGAUUUGGCACACUUGCAUUAAAACUACCACGGUCAGAGGUCAGCUCGUUAAUCAAUUAGCAUAGCAUUUCUGUCACUAGAUGGCAUCGAGAGUAAGAUGCUGAUGUUUAAUGAGAAGAAUGGGCUCUCUCAUGACCUAUGCCUGCUGGCAACAGGAGUGAGAUACUGAUGUUGAAUAUAAAGAAUGCGCUUCCACGUGACUGUGUCUGACAUCAGGAGUGAGACACUUAGGUUUAAUGGAAAGAAUGUGCUUUCACAUGACCUGCACCUUCUGUAAUUUGAAGGUGAUUUGAAGAAGUAUUGUGGGUUUUUCGGUGAAACUGCAUGAACCCUCAAGCAGCCUUCAUUUUUCUACCAGGUGAUUUUCUGGUAGGACUCAGUAGUCAGUAGGUUAAAUGAGUAUGUCAAUUUUCUUUUUCUAAGUCCAUUGGGAUCUUGGAACUUAAAUUUGAUCCAUAUUCGAAGAUAUGACAAUCUUAAGUGAUAACUCAAACAUGCCAUUAACAGCUCCCAAUGCAGAGUAUCUCUGACAGGGAGUUGUAUAUUUUAUUAGAUAUGACAGUCAUUGGUACAGUUGUACGUUGAAAUAUGUCUCAUGUUUGAAACAUGAACUAUUUUUAUUGCAAGAGAGCUUCAUAAAUUGUUAUCUGUAGUAGAAGGCUUAGAGUUGAAGCACAGUAAAAUUCAGUGGAACCUUGAUAUUAAAAAUGCUGAUUGUAAUGGAUAUUCAUAAUAUCCAGAAAUUGUUGAAAUAUGUAACUGCAAGUGUUUCCACUAACUUCCCAUUAUGUGUAACACAAUAUGGUACUAGGGUUUGAAUAACAAUGAAGGUAUGACAGUAUUUCAUCUUCUUUAGAUUGAUCAUCAGGGGAAUAUAAGAAUAAUGAAGAAUAAUUCACCAUUCUGGUCAGUGUCAUUAUCUGAACUGAAAAGUUAAAGAUUUUAUUAAACAUAUAUAUAUCUUUUGCUCAAAUCUGACUGCAAAUUAGGAGCCAUACUCUUUUAGCUGAAAUCCUGCCCACUAUCUUCUGCAUGCCCACAAGCACGAAUCACUCGCAUUUCACUCACAUUUCACUGCAUACAUGUCCUGCUCAUGUUCUGCCCAUAACUUGCUGCAUGUGCAUGCAUCUGAAAGCAAAUGCUAUGGUUUGUAUUGAACUUGAGUAAUAGAUGUAACACAUGAAGCAGUGUAAAUCACAUGGAUAUAUACGUACUGUCAUGUGUUUGGUAUGUAACACAACAAAUAACUUCACGCCUUCUUGGAUCACGUGAAUGUAUUCCACUCACCCUUACAUUUACACAAUUUACAAUCUCCCAAUUACUGCCAUCGGCAGUAUUACAAUUAUUUCCACUACUCUUGGCGAAUUCACGAUCCACACUGUGUCACUCCUAAUCUCACACUGCUCUGCCGGCCAUUUAUACCGUUCCCUGUUGCCCUGUGUUAACAGAGGUGUCCCUUGUUACGUCACCACGGGGAGGGGGUGUUUACUGGCCUGUUACCGUUGCAGCGGCAGCGGCUCCUAUUCUGUUACAUCACUGUGGAAGGGGGUGUUUACUGAGCAUUGCACUGUCCACGUCACAAUACAUUACAUCACUUGUUGUAAAUGCCACAGUUUGAUUACACGAAGUUUUUGGCAAUAUCUGAGUAUAUAUAAUUGAUGGUUGUAAGUUAAUCAUGCUGAAUUGUAAAAUGCAUGCAAUGGUAAUGGUAUGUAAACUAAGGUAAUGAAAGUAUCCCUGGUUAUAAGAUACCUGGAUAGGAUCCAUACCAUCUGUAGUUCCCACAGCUAUGACAGAUCUCAUCUUCUCAUCUCAUGUUCAUCACAAGUUCACAAACUGAGUUAGUGAGACAGAUUUCACCACUGUAUCCUCGUGAAAGAAAGGAAUAGUUUUAGUUUUCUUAUGUUUAGUGUAUACAGUAUUGUCUCUUUGUUCUUCAAUGUCGUAUGCAGUGUUGAAAAAGUAAAUCCAUUCUGCCUUCCUAUUUCACAUUUUGAUGAGCUGCCAACUUCAUAUGAACUUAUGAUUUCUAGUUCAUAUUCGAGUCAAAGCUGUACCAUUUCAUUGUCGUAACUGUGGCUUUUCAAAGUUUUGCAGUUCACACCAAAAAAGUAGGUAGUUGUGUUCUUUGACAUCAUUCCCGUACUUAGGUCAGAAGAAGAGGAAACCUUUGUAAUAAAGAGGGGAAGAUAUGAGGGGGUCCAAAAAAAACGGAAUUUGUUUAUAAAAAAUUCUAUUUAUUUUUACAUAGCAAAACGUUAAUCCCCUUCAAAACACUCUCCAUUUGAUUCAGUGCACUUGUCCAAACGUUUUUCCCAUUGUUCAGAACAUUUUUUUAAAUUCAUCAGUGGUAAUGCCUUUUAGUGCUUCCAUUGGUUUUUCUUUAUGUCUACAACAUCAGCAAAACGUUUUCCCUUGAGGUCUCUUUCCAUCUGAGGAAAUAGAAAAAAGUCGCAUGGGGCAAGAUCGGGUGAGGCAAGGGUGUCAUGCCACUUUUGGUCAAAAAUUGCUGCACACUCAGCGCUAUGUGGGCAGGCACAUUGUCAUGUGUUUGCCACAAAUUGGGACGUUUUCUCCUUAAACUCUUACGCAACAUUUUCAGAACUUCCAAAUAAUUCCGGCGAUCUUCUGUAAUGAUUUUGACAAAUUUUUGUCACGUUUUCAUCAGUUCGGUUGGUUGAAGGAUGUCCACUUUGAGGUUGAUUAUCAGUUUACAUUUCACCACGUUUGAAAUGGGAGAACCAUUCACAAAUUUGUGUUUUACUCAUGAUGGCUUCCUUGUAGGCUGUUUGUACCAUAACAGCCGUUUGUGCUGCUGUUUACCCCAAAAGGAAAUAAAACUUCAUGGCAGCACAUUUUUCGUGUGAAUCAGCCAUUAUAAAUAGAUUAUAAAAAAGUCACUUGGAAAAAUAUUCACCAAACACUAACACCAACUUCUCUGAUGACGCCAGCCAGCAUACUGAUACAGGAAGCUGCUGCAAAUAACCACCUAGUGGUGGAAGCCUGUACUACAAGUGCCCCUCCUUUUAGAAACAAAUUCCAGUUUUUUUUUUGGGUCCCCCUUCAUACUGCACAAUGUAGUGAAUAUCUCAGUUGUUAGAAAUUAGAUGGGGUAAGCUGCUCACAAUUAGAUUUUGGAAUGUCAACUUUGUUCUAGACAAGGGUAGGACAAAGGGUGGGUUAUGAGGACCUUAAUGGGUGGCUAGUUGUAAAUAACUUCAGAAGUAAAUUUGCAGGUAUAGUUGGUGCAAAAAGUUGUGGGAAAACAGUGGUGGUUAGUUAAGAAUCACUCAUUGUGAUGAAUGUGCCAGAAGAAAGCCCUCAUUCUACAACUUUAAGAAGCUGAUGGUUCCUGUGGUUUUGUUACUACAGUGGAGUCCUUAUUAUAAGCCAUAAUUCUGCUGUGGUUUCAAUAUAAUGUGUUUAAGCCAUGAGAAUAAUAAUAAGAAUAUUUCCCUUGUGGAAGUGAAGUUGGACAUUAAAGGCCUAAGGCUUAUUGACAGAGCUAGAGUAACAGUUGCUGAGAUACCAUUCACAUUUUAUGUCAUCUGAAGACCAAAGCUGCACUGAUGAAAAUUUUGGGCUAGGAAAGAAUGGAUUUUCUGUGUUGACAGAAUGCAUAGAGAUGGACUCACCAGAUGAGUAACAAAAUACAGGUUGACUGGAACAGGAAGCCAAGAGCCAUUAUGAGACCUACAUUACGAUACAUUACAAAAGAAAAUUGUUAAAAUAAUGGUGGGUGUAAAACCUCAAAAUUCUUGUAGAGAGCUAUUUAGAAGAUUACGGAUCUUACCUAUUCCAUGUGAAUAUAUAUUUUCAUUAUUAAGCUUCAUUAUAAAUAACCAAGAACGUUUUCACACUAAUUCGGAUGUACACAGUGUUAACACGUGAAACAAGCACCAUCUCCAUAGACCAGUUGCUAACCUGACCUGUUUUCAGAAAAGCACAUAUUAUUUCAGAAAAACACAUAUUAUUCUGGCUUUCAAAUUUCCAACAAUCUACCAUCUAGUCUCAAAAGUCUAAUGAAUGAAAAGGCACAAUUUAAAUUAGCACUGAAAUAUACAGUCAUUCUACUCUGUUGCUGAAUUCCUACUGUCUUGAAAGACUUGUCCUCUUAAAAGGUUAUCUACAUAGCAUAAGUUGACAGUAUUGACUUAUAUAGAUAUAUAUGGAUGUAUUUUUUUUGUUGUGUCUCAAUUGUACUGUAUUUAUGGCUUUUGUAUUUGUAUGACUUGUUCCACAUCCUACAGUCAUUCUGACUUACUUUGGAUCUACGGAAUGUAAUGUAUGUAUGUAUAGAAAAAUGAGGCCAGAAUGGGUCAACAGAUGACUCAGCUCAUUGACAGCUUGAGGAUGGUGGUGGUGCAGAGUAGAAGAAUGGCAUGUCUCAGUGCAUAAUCUGAAUUAGACACAUCAUUUCACUGAAUCUCAUGUAGGUCUAUAGAAUUUCCUCUUAACAUGCUGAUGCUCAGACUCUUACAUACAAUUUUUAGAUCUGCAUGUACCAUUUAUGUAAUAGCGUAACCCUUAAUGGUCUAAAGGGAAUUUAUUUCCUGUGAUACAUAUCUGUAACCGACCAAAUUGGAAUACAUUAUCCAGUUAUGUUGUUACUAAAAAUUAUAUAUUUGCAAAAACAAAAAUUUUAUUACAGUAUGUCUCUAAAAUGGUUCUCUAUGCUUCAAAGACUGUCAGAGGUUUGUUUGUUGUUGAAUUAGUGAUUUUACUUACUAACUUUACCCUGAUGGUUGCAGAAAUCUUGGAAUGUUUAUGUUCUCUCCAAGCAGCUGUUGUUACUUUGUUCAAGAUAUCAGAAUGACCUUAUCAACUCUUCCAUAAAAUCUACAUCUCUUUAGCUUCAUAAUUUCAUGUAAGAUAAUUUAUUCAAUAAAUGUCAGUGUAUUAAUGACAAUUAUUACUUGUUUUUAUUUGUUUUGCUGUUUUUUGUGUAUUGUCAAACGUUUUUCAGAAAUAUAGUUUGGUGUGGUAUAGCUUGAAGCAAAGACUAACACACAACACCACAUUACAUUCGAAACAUUCGAACUUUGUCAUUGUUACUUUUUUUCCUAAUAGGUAGAUUUGAAAUCUUGUUUGGUAUCAGUAGGGCCGAAAUUGUUUGUCAGUUCAAUCUCUCUCUUUGAAUCUGAUUCUGGUUUUAUGCUGAACCAAUGAUUGGAUGAAUUU